UUUGUGAUUGCAGGAGCGACGCAGCUUAGUUUCACUUUGAUCGCUAUAAAUAGCUUGACAUGCAAGCCGGCUUGAUGGCGACGGUGUCACUUACAAGGAAUUGCCUAAAAGCUGUAAGAUGGGGACUGCAGAAGGGAGGCUGCAUCCAAGCUCCUCCAGCAUGUCCAUUGUUCACUAGCACUCCCAACUCAAAAUCUGGACUCUGGAUCAGGCUGCUGGGUGUCAUCAACCAGGUAUAUCCUUAUCGCAUCAAAGAAGUAGGACCCGACAGAGCGUGUGCAGAGUGGCUGGUCAAAAAUGGUGGUGCUGUCCGGUGGGUUGGAAACCCACACCAGAAGGAAACUGAUUUUAACUCACUGUCUCAAGACCUCACCCUGAAAAUUGAAGAGAUUAUUUGUGACAAGGCUGUUGUGUUGCCCAGUGGCUUUGGCUAUUUAGAUGGAUUGAAACAUGUUAAAAAGUUUACUUUACAUGACUGUGACUAUGCGACGGAUGAUAUGGUGUCCUUGUUGUCACUUCACCUACGGGACUCCCUCGAACAUCUCCAGAUCAGUAGCUGCUCCGGCAUCACACAGGCGGGCUUACACCACAUUGAACAACUUCAGAAGUUACGAUCUCUUUUGCUGUUUGACCUGAAAAAGAUUGAUGACAAGACAGCGUCCGUCAAUAUAUUGAGAAAGAAGCUUCCGUCUGCCUGUCAAAUUGACUUUACGGAUAUACCAAGGGCUGAAACAUCAGGAUGAAAUCUUGAUCUAGAGAGUGUUUGUGUGCAAAGUGACAUUGAGCAAGCAUUCUACAAAAUGCUACACUGAUGUUGGUGUGAAUUUCUGCCAAAAACAAACAAUCAUUAUAAUUAAUAAGCUUUUUGACAUGAACAUUGAUUUCAAAAGGAAAUUGGAUCUAAUAAAUACUUUUUAGCGAA